GUGAAAGAGAGACAUCUCUGUGUGCGAAUAUAUAAUCGUUAAUUGACGCUUUUAUGCAGAGUUUUGGUGUUGUUUUAUCAUUUGAAAUAAUUUUUGCUACUUCAUAGAAUUUAAAAAUGAUAAUUUCAGAUCAAAAUGUCUGUUGAUUGGAGGCUCGCUUUUUGGGGACUCGGCAAAGCAGCAGUGGUGGCAACAGCCUUCCAUCAUCUCCUAUGUCUGGACCGCCUCCAAAUUUCAAUUAUGAAAGACAGGAUUCAAAUCUUAGUGCUGGCUCUUUGCCCAGUGAAGACAUGAGCAGUCCAGAGAAGCCUCCUGCAGUGCUUAUGCCUACCUCGGGUGUAAUUACCUCCUCGGUGCUUUGUACUGCUGGUCUACAGCAGCUCACACAGCAUCAGCUUAGCCAACAACAACAGCAGCAGCAGCAGUCACAGCAACCAAUGACUUCAGUGCCUUCUGGUCGCACCACGCCUGCAGAUCGAAAGCGGAAGAGGAAGAGUGCGUCUGCCGGGGCAAAUAUGCAACUGACGCAAAUGGAUGAUGGUGGGGGUGGCGGGGUAUAUCCCCCAGGUACUAAAAUUCCUCGCUCUAGUGAUAGUAAUAAGAAAAUAAAUGAUUAUUUUAAGCAACAACAGCAGCAGCAACAACAACAGCAGCAGUCACAACAAGUGGUCAGCCAGACUCAGCAAAUAGCCAGCUCACCAUCAAGGCAUUCUGAGAGACACAACAACUCAGGCGCUAAGAGUCCCUUACCUAACAAGCUCAUCAAUAUAUCUUCGGUGCAACAACAACAGCAGCAGCAACCACAACAACUUGUAUCCACUCCGCCUACAUUAGGUGCAGCUCCUACUUUCCUCACAAACAACUGUAGCAAUUUAGAGCUACGAUGCGACACGAGUUCUAGCACCAACUCCUGCCCAAUUAGCAACAAUAACCUAAGCAGCAGUAACCCAGGCAGUUGUACUGCAACUGCUGUUGCAUCUACAGUAGCGGUGGCAUCAGCAUCUUGCAGAAACAGUUCGUGCGAGGGCAUGAUGCUACCGCCUCGAGGCGUCCCGACUUCCAUGCUUCACAGAUCUACUCAGACCGAUAUAACUUUACGGCAACUCGAUGAGAUCGCCACAAGAGCCUCUACAGACAUUGAGGCAAAGGAGACUCGGAUAGAUUCAUUACAACGGGAAAAGGAAGAGCUCACCCGACAAAUAAACCAGCAAGCCAAGGUGCUGGAAACGAAGCAGCAGCAGAUGACUCGGUGCAUCGAUGUAGUUAAGCAGCUUCUCAUCGAGAAAUGCAACAUCGAGAAAAAAGAAGCACGGCGCAAGUGCUCCCACAACAGGCUCAGGCUCGGCCAGUUCGUCACCCAAAGAGUGGGUGCGUCUUUCCAAGAGAACUGGCAAGACGGAUUUGCCUUUCAGGACAUUUCUAGACGCCAAGAGGAGCACCAAGCCGAGAAAGAGGAAAUAGACCGGCAAAGAAAGCUUCUUCUGAAGCGGAAGCCUGCCGACCCUGGUAGCAGCAGCGGCCGCAAGCGCGUAGCAGGCGGCGCUGCUGGUGUUGGUGCGACGCCUCCGCCCAACAGCACCACUUCGCAGACCACUGGUGGCCUUACGAACGGUCUGGGCGGAGCAGACCAUGAGAACAGGGAGCUCACGCUACAGGAGUAUUACGAAGCUGAAGAAAUACUUAAAUUACGGCAGGCUGCGCUAAAGAAGGAAGACACAGACUUGCUACAGGAAAUGGAAAAGCUCGAGAGGGAAAGAAACUUGCACAUCAGAGAGCUCAAGAGGAUACACAACGAAGACCAGUCAAGAGUUUUGCAGCAAUGCGCCUCGUCGCGCAACCCACACGACAUGAGGUGGUUUGUAGGGCUCAGUGGAGGCGGUGGUGGUGGAGUGGCUACCACUGCCGUCCCAGGCCUCUCCAGCUGUAGUGCCAAACGACUUUCUCAAUGUAACAGUCAUCCUAUGUUGAACGAGCGCUAUUUGCUUCUCAUGUUAUUGGGCAAAGGAGGAUUUUCGGAGGUGCACAAGGCUUUUGACUUGAAAGAGCAACGUUACGUAGCUUGUAAGGUGCAUCAGCUCAACAAGGAUUGGAAAGAUGACAAGAAAGCUAAUUAUAUCAAACACGCCAUUAGAGAAUAUAAUAUACAAAAGAAAUUGAACCACCCUCGGAUAGUGAAACUAUACGAUGUUUUUGAGAUAGAUGCCAACAGCUUCUGCACAGUACUUGAAUAUUGUGAUGGGCACGACCUCGACUUCUACCUCAAACAGCAUAAAACUAUCGCCGAGCGGGAAGUACGUUCUGUUAUAAUGCAGAUUGUCUCAGCGCUGAAGUACCUCAAUGAAAUCAAACCGCCCAUCAUCCAUUAUGAUCUCAAACCUGGCAACAUACUGUUGAGGGACGGCAAUAUUUUAGGCGAAGUCAAGAUAACAGACUUCGGCUUGAGCAAAGUUAUGGAUGAGGCGAGCUAUCAUCCUGACUACGGCAUGGACCUCACAUCUCAAGGCGCCGGCACUUACUGGUAUCUGCCUCCUGAAUGUUUCGUCGUGGGAAAGACCCCCCCGAAGAUCUCUAGCAAGGUAGACGUCUGGUCAGUAGGUGUAAUUUUCUACCAGUGUUUGUAUGGUAAAAAACCAUUUGGUCACAACCAGAGCCAAGCAACCAUCCUAGAGGAGAACACCAUCCUGAAAGCCACCGAUGUACAGUUCCCUCCCAAACCUCUCGUCAGUAAUGAAGCUAAGCAAUUCAUCCGCAGUUGUCUUGCGUACCGAAAAGAAGACCGCAGCGAGGUGAUGAAUUUGGCCUCAAGCCCCUACCUGUCUCCUCCCAUGCCUAAGAGCGGUCGUUCAGCAGCUGCUGCCGCUGCUAAUAACCAACAGCAACAAGCCGUUGCCGCUGCAGCAGCUGUAGCAGCUGCGCAUUACAACAACCCACAGCAGCAACAGCAACAGCACUCCUUCUCUUCCGGACUACUGGGUUUGGGCAAUCAGUACUCCUCCACCAGUUCCUAAUGUUGCUCAGUUCGGUCUCUAUUGACCUCACUGCUCUCUCGGGUGCAUUUCUCUUCUGCCGCAUUACUUCUUCCUUGACGCGUAUUCGACUGCCAGUCCAAGCCUUUUCAACCUUCCUACGAUUGACUUUUAACUAACUGGACAAAGCAUGUUCCUUUGUAACAACACUUGCUUCAGGUUCGUAACUUAUUUACUGCGACAUACGUUAUGGUGUUUAAGCAAUGACUUGAGAAAAAGUGCAGUUUAGGGGAUUAAACAGGACACAGCUCAAGAAUGAAAUAUUUUCGCUGUUCGAGGCUGUUCCGCUAUGUUAAAGAAUAACCAUGCCACUACACAGCACCUUAAAUUUCUCCGCUGAAUUGAGAUGAUCACUUCUUUUCUGUUUCUGGGAUAUGACGCGCCUAUUCUCAUGCAAGCCUGGCACUGCAGUUCAUUUGAAUGGACGUGUUGUCAGUUUUUGACAUCAAUCGGUGUCUGAGUUCGUAGAAAACUUCUUGACUAUUAGAUUUUUCGGAGGUAGUUCGGAAAGAGCCACCUUAUGUGCCCCAUUUGCCCCGGACUCUAGUCGUCCUUAGGCUGCUGAUCACCUUUUUGAAAACAAGAAGUUCCCAUCAUUAGAUAUUGAAAAGUGUUUUUAAUGCAUUCUCAUGCUUGAAAUAUUCAAUUGUCGAAAAUGAAUCAAUUUACCGAUUUAAGGUGCGAACCUAAUUCUUAUGUGCCACCUAAUUGUGUAUGUGCAUGUGGCUUUCUCGCAAAUAUUUUUCGCGUGCAUUCCUGCAUUCCUCAGAUUUAAAUAAUUUGCAUGGCAUAAAUUCGAGAAAUUUGCCCAUGCCUCUUACCAGAAUAAUUUUCUUGCUAAUUGCGAUUACUUGGGGGAGUUUUCUUAUUAUUUUGGUGACUGAAUUUCGUAUUAUCUCUCAUCCGACCUGCCACUAUUUCUUGUUUUGGUCUUUACUUGCUUCUCGUUCACUUCAUCUUAUAGUAUCUACAUUUUGCCUCUCAAGUUAACCUUGCUGCUCUGAUUGUAAUUUCGCAAAUCUGAGAAAUUUUACACGAGGCAUUAAUAGCUCUGACUAGCUUCAAUGCAAGUUGUUCUUUGUUAUGAAAGCGUUAAUAAUGAUCUGUUUCGAUCGAUUUUGUGUUCUAUUCGUGAUUAUUGGGUUAUAUAAUUAAAAUGAAAUAGGAUAAUUUAAUUUCUAGACAUGUAAAUUUUGCAGUCGUUUUUUCGAAUAUUUUUCAAUUUUGAAUUAGGCUAAAGAACGUUUGUUAAUCACUAGUUACUCAUUAUUAAUAGAAGAUGGUGCUUCGGCGAGAACAUUUUUUGUUAUUUUGUAUGUCAAAAGCAUUGGUUUUUUCUAUAUUUUGAGCACUGUAAACUCUUGAUGUUCGUUUGAUAAGGUUAUGUGUGCAUGCUGGCCUCUUAUUUCUCCCAUUUUCGUUUUCCAACUUCAGUUCAUCAAUCCGAUGAAUUAUGUUCUUGCGAAUUCGUUCACGACUAUUAUUCUGCUCAUGAGUUGAGUGAAGUUCUAUGCAGAAGUUUGUUAUUUGUAUUUAUGUAACGGUUGAGCUUGGCGUCUUAUCUCGUCCAUGGAAGAAGCACGUUUCCUAGAGUGAGGGAGAGAGAGAAAUAGCUUCCCUAGCUCGUUUUAGUAUCUGGUUAGGCCCAAUAUUUGGACUGAUGUGGUAAACAAGAUAUUCCAUGAGACGACCACAGAAACGUUAAUAACUUGAGUGUUUCAGUUGAACCCCUUUUUUUCGUGAGAAACGUUAUGUGUUAUGUGGACACUUGAUGACGGUGGUCGUGAACCAAAGACUUAACAGCCUUCGAAAUGCCUUGUCUCAAGAUCUAGCUUGAGACCAAGGAUGUUAUCAUUUAUUAAAGUUAUUAUUAUAGUAAUAUUAUAAUUCCUUUGAGAAUAGACUUUUGCUGCGAAACGCCCAUAUUGCGGUUCGUCUUUUGCAAGGUGAAUGAGGUGUCGAUUUUUUGACGACUAUAUAAUGGACAUGUGAUAACAGCUGCUACACUUCGACCGCGUCUAUUUAGUUAUGUUGAACUCCUUUUUCGUACUCACGAUUGAGUGUUUAUUGCGACGGCCGCUUCUAAACCAUGAAUGCAUGUCAGUGAAUAUAGUGCCGUAAUUUCAUUACAGCAUCUGUAAAUCAAGACCUAUCUUGAUCAAAUCGUAUCAUUCCUGACCACUUUGUUACGUGCAUUUUAGAAUGCUGGCACACAUUAUAGAGGUAGCGCUUGUACAUAGAGAAACUAUAUCAUUUGCUGGUUUCUGUGUAAAUUUGAAUUUUCGUGCGUAAACUCUUAUUUUGAAUGUAUUGAUCGCGUUAGUAUGUGUUGUGUUCAUCGUUUUGCUACGAAGAGAAUGUUGCAUUUUCACGCUGAUGGACGCUGGUCUAUGAUAUGGUAUUUAUGUUAGUGUUCUCCCAAUCCCCUCCUCGUAAAACUAUAAAAAAAACUAACUUUUUUACGACUCUCUAGUCCUUGCUGCGUUCGUUUAGCACCUAUGUGGGGCAUUCCCGUUCGUCUUAAUCGCAAUGCAAAAUGAAAUAAGAAAAACUAGUAACGAAAAUAUAUUUCGCUUUCUCAUCUGA